UUUCCGGUAUAAGUCCUCUUCGGCUGUUCACCAACUGUCAGCAGGUGGCUAGUCGGCUGGCAAGCCAAUAAACGGUUUUGCUGUCUGACAUUUAAGCAGCAAUUGACUGCAUCUAUCUGACCGCAGCUUAGUGUUUAUGGUGGCGUGUCGUGUCGUGUCGUGCCACGUUAGAUAACGUCCAGUGAAAAAGGAGUCCUCCUUGAAUGACUGACUUCGCAGUUGCGUGGCUAGCUAGCAAAGAGGAGGGUGGGGACAAAAACUUCAGCCUCGCCCAGUCCGUAGCUUUUUACCAGCAGGCAGCUACUCUCUCGGCGGUGUGAGCACCCACACCUCUAAAUUCGAUACUUAUUAAAGGGGAGACUGAAACCCUCGCGUUAAGUAGGCGAAAAGAAGCAACCAUGUUCAGGAAAAACUUGAAGAAGGAUCCCGAGCUGUUUCAGAACGUGUCGGAGGGACUGCGGCGGCUUUACCGGACCAAACUGUUCCCGCUAGAGGACACGUAUCGAUUCCACGACUUCCACUCCCCAGCCCUCGAAGAUGCCGACUUUGAUAACAAGCCCAUGGUUCUCCUGGUCGGCCAGUACUCCACCGGGAAGACCACGUUUAUCCGGCACCUCAUGGAGCAGGACUUCCCCGGUAUGCGGAUUGGCCCGGAGCCGACAACAGACUCUUUCAUCGCGGUGAUGCACGGGGAACAGGAGGGGGUGAUACCGGGUAAUGCCCUGGUUGUCGAUCCCAAGAAGCCCUUCCGCAAGCUCAACGCCUUUGGCAACGCAUUUCUCAACAGGUUCAUGUGUGCCCAGAUGCCUAACCCCGUCCUGGAGAGCAUCAGCAUCAUUGAUACUCCUGGAAUCCUGUCAGGGGAGAAGCAGAGGAUAAGCAGAGGGUACGACUUUGCCGCUGUGCUCGAGUGGUUUGCUGAACGCGUGGAUCGCAUCAUCCUCCUGUUUGAUGCCCACAAGCUGGAUAUCUCUGAUGAGUUCUCCGAGGUGAUCCGCGCUCUCAAGAACCACGAGGACAAAAUGCGGGUGGUGCUCAACAAGGCAGACCAGAUCAGCACCCAGCAGCUGAUGAGGGUCUAUGGAGCGCUGAUGUGGUCUUUGGGUAAAAUCAUCAAUACCCCUGAGGUGGUGCGUGUGUACAUUGGGUCAUUCUGGGCCCAGCCCUUGUUGGUCCCAGACAACAGGAAGUUGUUUGAGGCGGAGGAGCAGGACCUUUUCGUGGAUAUUCAGUCGCUGCCACGCAACGCAGCUCUACGCAAACUUAAUGACCUCAUCAAGCGAGCACGUCUCGCCAAGGUGCAAGCUUACAUUAUCAGCUCUCUGAAAAAGGAGAUGCCGAGUGUCUUUGGAAAGGACACCAAAAAGAAGGAGUUGAUUGCCAACCUGGGGGAAAUCUACCACAAGAUAGAAAAGGAGCACCAGAUCUCACCCGGAGACUUCCCCAAACUCGACAAAAUGCAGGAGCUGCUAAACGGUCAGGACUUCACCAAGUUUGCCUCACUCAAACCCAAACUGCUUGAGGCGGUGGAGGACAUGCUCGCCAAUGACAUCGCACGUCUCAUGGCAAUGGUCCGCCAGGAAGAGGCCACCAUGCCCAGCCAGACCGUCAAGGGUGGAGCUUUUGAGGGAACCAUGAGUGGUCCCUUUGGCCACGGUUACGGUGAGGGUGCCAGCGAAGGCAUUGACGAGCUGGAGUGGGUGGUGGGUCGCGACAAGCCCACGUACGAUGAGAUCUUCUACACCCUCUCUCCCAUCAACGGCAAAGUGUCCGGCGCUGCCGCCAAGAAGGAGUUGGUAAAGUCCAAGCUGCCCAACACAGUCCUGGGAAAGAUCUGGAAGCUGGCAGAUGUGGAUAAAGAUGGCUUCCUCGACGACGAGGAGUUUGCCUUGGCCAACCACCUGAUCAAGGUAAAGCUGGAGGGCCACGAGCUGCCUCCCACGCUGCCAGAACACCUGGUGCCCCCGUCCAAGCGUGGGACGGUGGAGGCCUAGAUGCACCCUGCAGAUCAUUGAUGUCAACACAGGGCUCUCCAGGCAGUGUCUAACUUCAAGAAAGAACAGCAGCACCUGGGGUAUUUUUCACCAGAGAGAGACUGGAGGGUAUCUGGGGGUUGGGUGGGAGGGAGGGCAGGGCCAUCUGUGUGAAUCUGGGGAUAAUGUUUAGUGUGUGUGAAAUAAAUGGUGGGAAAGGGGUUUGAUUUGCAGACUGAUAGAAGGACAAUUACUGAGCUGAUGGAUAGCUGGAGGUCACACGAUGAGGCGGAACAUGGAUUUAUGCAUCCUGUGUAAAAGAUGUCUUACAAAUAUACACUUCAUAUAGUUAUAUGUUGAUCCAAAGAAAUCUAGGUUUUUUUCCAAUUGGGAAAGAGAAAGGAAAUUAAUCAAAACAGCUGUUAGAUGUGCUUUAUCUCUAUUUUUGUAUUUCCUCACUGUUAACUUUGACUCUUUCCAGAAGCUUCCUUUUUUAUUAUUUUGCCAGAUAAAUAAAAAGGAAUGCUUGUACCAUUCAAAAGGUUAAGUGGAUUUGUAUUUAAUAUUGCUGUCACAUUUAACAGUGGUUUGUCAGAAGAAAGCUACUUAAUAAAAUGGAGAAACGCAUUUAAAAUAAAUAUGCUAAAUAAAUCUUAACUGAUUCAUA